UUUAUGUAUGUAUCGAUAUGUUUAAACAUGAACAACUGUUAGCUGCAGAUGAAAGACAAAGACAUGAAGCAGGAGCAGCUCCACCAAAACGUCGAAGAAAUAUUCGAAUAGCUGAAGAAUCAUUAAUUCGAUUGUGGAAUAAAUUAGAAAAAAAUCAAAUUAGCAGAGAAAAAUUUUUAAAAAGCGCUGGACUUCGUUAUUUUCAAUACUUAAAAAUUGAAUAA